UUUCGUAAAAUUUUAAUAAAAAAAAUAAAAAAAUGGAUAAUAAAAAACCACUGAAAAAAUUGAGUGAAGAAAGCUUGACAAAACAACCAGAUGAAGUAUUUGAUCUUCUUGAAAAGUUGGGAGAGGGAUCGUAUGGAUGCGUUUUUAAAGCUAUUUAUAAAGAAGCUGGACAGGUUGUUGCAAUCAAGCAAGUUCCUGUUGAAUCAGAUCUUCAAGAAAUUAUAAAAGAAAUAGCAAUAAUGCAACAAUGCGAUUCUCCUUAUGUUGUGAAAUAUUUUGGAAGUUAUUUCAAAAAUACAGAUCUAUGGAUUGUCAUGGAAUAUUGUGGUGCUGGAUCUGUAUCGGACAUCAUCAGACUCCGACGCAAAACUUUGAUUGAAGAACAAAUAGGGACUAUAUUGCGAGAUACUUUGAAAGGACUUGAAUAUUUGCACUUCAUGAGAAAGAUUCAUAGAGAUAUCAAAGCAGGCAACAUAUUACUAAACACUGAUGGAAACAGCAAACUCGCAGAUUUUGGAGUUGCAGGUCAGUUGACUGAUACCAUGGCAAAACGUAACACAGUGAUCGGAACACCAUUCUGGAUGGCACCAGAGGUUAUUCAAGAAAUAGGUUAUGACUGUGUAGCAGAUGUCUGGUCAUUGGGAAUCACAGCUAUUGAAAUUGCGGAAGGAAAACCACCGUAUUCAGAUAUUCAUCCCAUGAGAGCAAUAUUUAUGAUACCAACCAACCCUCCACCUACAUUCAGAAACCCAGAAAAAUGGUCAAUGGAGUUUAUAGAUUUUGUCAGCAAAUGUUUGGUAAAAAGUCCGGAGCAAAGAGCAACAGCAACUCAGUUACUACAACAUCCUUUCAUCAAAAGUGCGAAACCAGUCGCUAUAUUGAAAGAUAUGAUUCAAGAAGCAAUGGAAAUAAAAAAGAGAAAAGAAAAUGAAGAGGGAGAAGAUAGUGGGAGUGAGAGUGAUGAAGAGGACGAGGAUGAGAUUGAUGCAAGCACAAUGGUUACACCAGGUUCAGGUGUGGAUGUUGAUUACAGUACCAUGGUCACUAAUUCUAGCACAGGAAAUGCUACAAUGAUAGAACAUGGAAGUACACUGGAUUCUGAGAUUGGUACAAUGGUUAUCAAUGAAGAUGAAGAAGAUACCGGAACUAUGCAACGUUUCGAUACCGGCCCUACAGCCAACUCUGAAACAGCCGGUGGCAACGGUCGGCCAUCUUUCAUGGAUUAUUUCGAUAAAAUGGAUAAAAGCGAUUCUGGGGGUCAGGGGUCGCGUUCUAUUGCUCCGGAUCAAGCUUGGAAAGUCGGUAAAAACAUCAGUGAACUUGAUUUUGAUUUCCUCAAAACUUUAACCUUGACAGAACUUCAAGGUCGCUUGAACCUACUUGACCCAGAAAUGGAAAAGGAAAUUGAGAACUUACGCAAUCGCUAUCAUCAUAAAAAGCAGCCCAUUUUGGAGGCAAUUGAAGCAAAGAAAAAACGACAACAAAACUUUUGAAUGCUUUAGUUUAUUUCAUUGACAUCUUCUUAAAUGCAAUGCAAAGCUAAUUUUAUUCAGCCUUUUGGGAUGUUUGAAAAAUUUCCCCGUUUAAUUGAAUUAACAAGUGCACUUGUUUCAUUUCGAAUUUUCCUAGCAAUAGUAGAAGUCAAUCAUGUUUGGAAUGAAAAUUUGAUACAUGUUCAGUCCAGAAUACAUUUAAGUGCACUUCUGCAAAUACAGGUUAUAGAUUUAUUUGCAUAAUAAUUUAUAUUAAAUUGAUGUUAGUUAGAAAAAUCAUAUCUUUGUUCGUUACUCAUGAAGUAUGUGUACUAGGUUUGGGUUAGGCCAUAAUUUUUAGUCCAAUUUUCCUUAUUUCAGUUCUAUUAUGAGUUAUGGGACUGUCUGUGCUAGCCAAGUGAAUAUUCCCCUGCCCAUAGGCUUCAGUCCCUUUACACAACUUGAUGUAGAAUAGGCGAAUAAAAUUAGUUUCAUAUUGAUACACAUACUUCAUGAGUACCCAUUGUUCUUAUUCAAACUUUAUAGUCAAAUUCGAUGUUGAAAUUUUUUAUUGCCCAAUAUGUUGAGAAGUGUAUGCUGUCGCCAAUAAUAUGGUAAGUUUUUCUUACAAUCCAUUAUUAUUUGUGCCUUAACUCACACUAAACAGUACUUUUGUGCUUGUUUAUGGCAAGCUUAGCAUUUCCAACUUGAGAUGUUCGUGAUUGUUUGGUUUUGUUACAAAUGAGAAUGUGUUGAACAUUAGAACAGGGGUGACAAUUACUUUCCUGAGUCUUGGUUACUGGGCCGGAGGGUCGAAGACCUGAAACUCAAUAUGAAUAAAUAAAACAGUUUAUUUACAAAUAACUAGCAUACCAGCUCAUGUACAACAAACAGAUAGUUUAUAUCCAUAAAGAAUAUACCGGUAGUCAUUAUUCUAGCAAACACAAGUGGGCCGGAUGAAAUACUGUGAUGGGUCGGAUCCGACCUGCGGACUGUAAUUUGCCCAUCCCUGUAUUAGAAUAAUCCGGAUAAAUAAUUUGGCCUUACUGCCAAAAGAACAAUAUGUCUCAAUACAUAUCAUUAAUAUUUAUAGAGAGCAUGCUUUGAGGAAACCUUCAAAAAAUUUGUUUGACUGACUUUUAUUCACACGACUCUCUUAUUUGUCUCUGUGAGGAAAUUACGAAAUGUUCAAAACUUAUAAUUGAAUUCCUGCAUCUCUUUUUUGUGUACUAUUAUUAUAUAUCAUGUUAUUUUUCACUUGAAAAAAUCUUAUCACUUGGAAAUACUUUUACAUUCUGCCAGUUAAGUUUUUAUUUAUUGUUCUGCGUAUUAUAUGCCCUGUUAUUUUAUUGCUUCUUUACAUAGAAAUGUCCUACUGAGUCGUUAAAAUUGACACAAUCUAGAAACUCAACUUAGCAAUUAAUCAGAUGAAAAUUAGUUCCAUAUAAUUAGGAAUUAUAUCGAUUUAUGAGCAAAAAAAUCUUUGGUUAUAUUUCGCUUAUUUAAGAAAAUUCAUGUUUUUCAUAUUUUCGCUAAGGUUUUGGUUUGUGCGAAACUAACUACUUAUCCUUCUUCCAUGCUUUUGUGCCGGUGGAUCCGUAUGCAUAUAUUGCAAGGAUGCUGUAGCAAGAGUAGAGAUAUUAUCUUAAGUGAUUCCUGCUGCAUACUAACACAAAUAUAUUUCUGUAACAUUUUGCCUAACCAGGGUCAGACUUCUUUAGACAUACAUUGAUACAUAGUUCAACUAUGAAAUAUAUUUGUGUUAUUGUGCAGCAAGGCUCUUGAAUCACUUAUAUCUUAUACUUAUCUUGUGAAUCGAUCUUGUUUCUCUGAUUAAUGUAAGUUUUUAUCCCUUCAUAUUAUACCUUCCACAUAGAAAACAGCUUUGCAUUGAAAUUCAAACAAUAUAUAGAGCAUUUGUCCUAUUACUUAAAAAACUUUGAACUGAUAUUUUGACCAUAGUGACAUUUUCUUAUCUGUAUUAAUUCAAGAUUUACAAUUGCCUUCUUGAAAACACAUUUUGAUCAAAUAUAAACUUAGAUGUACCCUAUCUUGAAGUUUUUCGGGGUUGAUGCGAAAUUAAUGUUAGUCUUGGGUAUUUAAUCUUUUUGUGUAUUAUUCCAUAUUACGGUAUAUUGGUCUAAUGAAAUCUUCAUGGCACAAUGGUGUCUUUCAUCUUAUCUUGUUAUUAUAUGUUUUCUUGUUAUUUUGUUUUUCAUGUAUGAAAUAUUCAAUAAACAGAACUUUUCAAAUA